AUGGCCGAGUCGUCUCAUUCAGCAAUAGCAUUAGGGUGUUCUGUGGCCAUCGUCUCGUCGGCAAUACAGGCGUUUGGAGUCGCACUACAGCGGAAGUCGCAUUUGUUGACCCAUGAGCCGUUUUCGCAGGGCAUCCUGGUUGGAGCAACUGGUGGUGGCUGUUGCCACGAUGCACAGCCACACAGUCAAAAGUACAGGCGAAAUAUGUGGUACCUAGGGUUUGGCUUGUUCAUAGUGGCCAACGUGCUCGGAUCGGUAGCGCAGAUGUCGACUUUGCCCUUGAUUAUCCUUUCCCCGCUCCAAAGCAUCGGCCUCAUCUUCAACUCGAUGUUUAGUUGUUUGAUGCUCCCAGGAGACCAGUUUUCCAGGAAAUUGUGGAUUGGCACCGCGGUUAUCGCUUGUGGUGCCUUUAUCAUUGCAAACAACGGCGCCGUGGAACCACUACCAGAGCAACAGCCCCCACUCUCCACCGAUGACAAGUUUCGACAAGUGAUUCUGCAGUUAUUGGACCCCUUUUUCGCGGCAUGGUUUGUCAGCACUUUUGCCGUGAUGGGUUGCCUAUUGCUCUUGAACAAGAUCUACUUGAAUCGGAAAAUCAGCGAAACCCACCAACGCCGUCAAAAAUACUCGAUCCGCAACGGUAACCAGGAUGUCUUGUUGGUAAAGUUCAACAAGUUCCAGUUUUGGAAAGGCAUCAAUUACGGCGUCAUUAGCGGAACUUUGACUGCUCACACGUUUUUAUUUGCAAAGUCAAUUAUAGAUGUCAUCAUCGAGUCCAUUAUGAACAAGAAAAAUGGCGCCAAGGAUAUUUUCAGUUUCACUGAUGCUGCUCCCUGGUUGCUUCUCGUGCUGAUGCUAUCCAUAGUUGCACUUCAGUUGACGGCGUUCAAUUUGGGACUUGCAGAGAUCACCACCGCUGUGUUGUACCCUUUGUGCUUUUUGGUGUACAACUUGGUCAAUCUCAUCAAUGACUUGAACUUCAACAAACUUCUCAGUGACCACAGGAUCUCCUAUUUGCAACUUGCAUGGAUUUUAAUUGGGUUGUUGGCGGUUUUAUGUGGAGUCGUCUUGUUGAGCUGGGACACGCCAUCUCAGCAAGAGAACUACAAGACAAUGGCUGCAUCUCAUCGGCAUGGUGCUCUUGCCGAUGAAGAGCUCGGCAAUGGCAUGAUCAAACUUCGAAACUCCUUUGAUCGACACAUGAUCAAACACGACCCAGCAAGCGAGCGCACAGCAUUGAUAGAUAAUGGCUCAUCUGGCAAUUCAUUGGAUUCCAUAACUUACCUGGCGAGCUCGUCAGAUUUUGACUGCGAGAACCGGAGUAUAUCCGUGCACGAAGAAGCUUUGUUCGAGGAAACUGAAGCUACGGAUGAAAUGGAUACUACAACCGUGGCUGGCAGCAACGACAACAACAACAACAACAACACCACCACCAACUUAACCGGUGGCUCCUCCAGGCGCGAGCGUCUGCUCACUUUUGAACAAAACCAGCUACUAACUCUGUUUGACAUUUUAAAGAGCUAA